AUAAAAUGAGAUUCUUUCUUGUUAACACAAAACAACACAACAUUCCAUUGACCCCUUUUCGCUUCUCUGACUCUCAUCUCUCUCUCUCACUCUUCAUUUUAGAGAGAGAAAGAGACAGCGACAGGGUGAACAGAACAGAACAGAAGAGAGACCAUAGCAUAGGUUAGAUGCAAAGGACAGACUGCAGUAGGUUGAAAUGAUCUUAGACUAUUCUUCAGAAGCCCAACUUUGAUGCCACCCGUUAAAAUGGUGGCUAAAUCUGCUACAACUUGCAGACAGGGUGGGAGGUAUCCUCUUGUAUCUCAUAAGUCGAAUAAAAUAUCUAAACGAUCAUGUUCUAUGGUUGGAGUUAUCGAUAAAAUGGAACAUUUAGAUAUAUCAAGCCAAAUAUCUCAUAAUGGUGGUUUUUUUGUAAAUAAAGAAUCUUCAGAGGAGCGUGCCAAUGAAGAACACCAAAUGUCAUCUGAUAUAGACACAACUGCGAGGCAGAACGGUCUUUUAUUCAAUGGUUGUGCAGAUUCAAUAGUAAAAACGGAUUCUUUUCCGGUUUCUGUUUCCGCAAUUUCAGAUCCGAUGUUCUCUUAUUUUGAUAGUCCUGAUGGUGCCCAUUGUAACCUAUUUGAAGCAGAUAAUAAGGAGCAUAUGACGACCCCUCCUCAAGUGGAUGGCAAUAACAUUCCCAAUUUCCUAACAUCUGAUAUGUUAGACUACUAUAUGAAUGAGGCUUGUCUCGAUGGGUUUUCCAGUGACGGGAUUAAUCCAUUUGAUGACAGUCUCAGCUAUAGUAACCUUCCUGAUCUUGAUUUUGUUGGGACAAAUAUGCUAUAUGAUUUUUCCACCCUUGAGGACACCACAGAAGCAGCUAAUUACCAAUAUGUAGGAUCUUGUGAGGAGUUUCAGGAGCCGAUGUUCGAUUCUUCAUGUUUCAAUCUCAUUUGCCAUCAGGCCAAGCCACCUACUGAAGAACUUGAUGCCAGGUCCUUUCUGUUUGAUUCCGAAAGAGUAGAUUAUAUUGAUCCAGAGACAUUCAUAAAAAACUUGUUGGAGGUAUCAGACAAAUCUAACUCGUUGCCAGCUCUAGUAAGCAAGGAGACAAGUAAAAAGAAUGAUAUCACCCUUGUUCUUGAUUUGGAUGAAACACUGAUCCACUCUACAAUGGCAAAAUCUGAUAGUGCUGACUUCACAAUUCAAGUCACACUUGACAAGGAGUACACUGUCUAUGUGCGAAAAAGGCCCUUCCUCCACGAGUUUUUGGAGAGAGUAUCAAAGAUGUUUGAGAAGAUCAUCAUUUUCACAGCAAGUAAAAAGAUUUAUGCUGAAAAGUUGCUAGAUGUUCUUGAUCCCGAUAAAAAACUUUUUUCUCGACGAGUAUACCGAGAUGCAUGCAUCUAUGAAAAUGGUACCUACACCAAAGAUUUGACAGUUCUUGGAAUUGACCUAGCAAAAGUAGCUAUAGUAGACAACUCUCCUCAGGUGUACCAGUUGCAUGUUAACAACGGUAUUCCAAUCGAGAGUUGGUUUGAUGAUCCAUCUGAUUCUGCAUUGAUUUCUUUACUUCCCUUUUUGGAGAAACUUGUUGAUGUGGAUGAUGUUCGACCAGUUAUUGCCGGAAAAUUUGGGAACAAGAAGGAUUAGUUUUGCAUUUCAACACAUUGGCAUAUAUUCUGGACCUCCUUGCCUGCCCUUCACAGAAGCAGCAGUAGAUUAUUCUAAUCUUAGGAUGCUACAACAUCAGUCAGAAAUAACCCUCUGCCUAGUUGUCUUGCACAUUCUAGUUUUGACUCCAGUGAGUUUUCAGAAAUUAGCUAUGAACAUGUUAUAGUUUUAUAGUAUUUAAAAAAAUUGUACAUAUAUAAGUACAAUGUUUUGGUUUCAAGUUUUGGAUUUUGAUUUGUUAUAGUACUAUAGAGGCUGUGUUAUUGGUUAAAGUUUAUACUUCAGGAACUGUUUAUAUAUGUUGGUUGUUGUCUUUUUAUUUAAUGUAGCUUAAAAGUACCUUAUCUAUAUACCUAUAUAUAUAUCAUCA